AUGCGUGCGAAGAAUAAGGCUUUUGAGUGCGCGGGUACUGCCGGUCAGGUCAGGAUCAUCCUGCUACCGUAUGUGACAGUACACGGUACUACCUGCGACUGUCUGGCCGAGGGUCAGGCAGCUAAUACCAAACCUGACAACCAGAGGAGAACCAACGGCUAUGGGCGGAGGAGUUCUCACUUUGGAGGCCAAAUGAAUCCUUCGUGCAGGAAAUGGCACAUAAAUUCAUUAGAGGUUGGCAGUCAAGGACUACGAAGGCGGAAAAAGAGACAAAUGAGAGUAGCCGGACGGAUAUCACGGAUGCAACUUGGCACGAAACGGUAUAUGAAAAUUGGUACUUGGAAUGUGACAUCACUGACUGGAAAGGAGGUAGAGAUAGCUGAAGAAAUGGAGAAGUACAAGCUAGCCAUACUAGGAGUUAGUGAAACCAAGAGGAAGAGUAGUGGCCAAAUUAAUUUGGAUGAGGGACACGUAAUGAGAUAUUCAGGAGUCAACAGGAAUGUGCGGGCAAAGGAAGGAGUGGCCAUUAUUAUGUCUGAAGCAGUGGAAAACAAAGUGACAGGCUGGGAACUUAUCAGCUCGAGACUAAUCUCAGUGGAUGUGGAACUGGAAGAAAGCAUUACGCUGGUGCAGGUCUACGCCCCAAAUGAAGAUAUGGAAGAAGUAAAUAAAAAGCAAUUCUAUGUGCAAUUGCAAAAGACUAUAGACAAAGCCAGGGAAGGAAGCAGACAUGUUAUUGUGAUGGGGGACUGGAAUACUAGAAUUGGAAAUAGGAUGCGUCGGGGAUAUAGAUAUAUGGGCCAACAUGGAGCAGAACGCACCAUCAAUAACAAUGGCGAAAGAAUGCUGGAAUUCUGUAUUGAUAAUGAGCUGAGGAUUGGCAACACCUUUUUCCGCCAUAACAAUAUCCAUAAAAUAACUUUUGAGUCAGUAGGCCGGGGAGUAAAGAGCUGUAUUGAUUACUUUUGCUACACCAAGAACAUGACAUAUGCAGCAUUGGAUGUAAGAGUCUUUCGUAGCGCAGAAAUGAGCACGGAGCAUCGCUUUCUGGUUAUGAAAACAAGGUUCAAGACUCCACUCAGUGCUCCUCAUCUUCGAUUCCAAAAAAUAAGACUUUCUGCAUUCAGAGAGGAAGAAGUAAGACAGAACUAUGCUAAGAAGUUGGAGGAAAAACUUCAGCAAACAGAAAGUGAGGAACCCGAAGGAGUCUGGAACUUAGAACAGAGAUGGAGGAAAUUUAAGACAGAUAUCCUCAAAGUAGCAGAAGAGGUCUGUGAGAAAACUACUCAGGCUAAAGAAAGGAGCUGGCAGGACUUUGGCCAGGAAAUUGAAUCAGAAUACAGAAACAAUCAAAAGAAGUUCUGGAAGAUACCAAGAUCCCUCCAAGGUAAAAUGGGAAAGAGAAUUAGAAACAUCAAAGACAGCAACCAGAAGAUACAAACGAGACCUCAGGACAUAUUUGCUACAUGGAGUACAUAUUAUGAAGGUGUGUUCCAUGCAGAUCAGCAUCCUCAAGAGAAUGCUAAUAAUGCAGUGAAAGAGAAAGAACUAGAAAAUGGGGAAAUGAUUAUGCAGAGUGAAGUAAGAGAGACUAUCAUUGAAAUGAAGAUGGGCAAGGCGGGUGGUUGGGAUGGAAUUUCACCGGAACUGAUGAAGUACGGAGGAGAGGUUGUGAAGAUCCCAAAGGACUGGGAGAAGAACAUCAUCAUCCCUAUUUAUAAGAAGGGCAGUACUCUGGACUGUGCAAACUAUAGAGCUAUUUGUCUCUCCUAUGUGGCUGCGAAGGUAUACUCUCGACUGUUGGAGAAGAGGCUGAGACAGGAGGUAGAAGAAAAUCUGGAAGAAGAGCAGUGCGCAUUCCGGCCAAAUCGACAAACACACGACCAUAUAUUCACACUAAGAACUGUCAUAGACAAAAGGCUUAGUCGUGGGAAGGAUGUCCUAGCCGUAUUCAUAGAUCUUAGGGCCGCAUUUGACUCCGUCCCCAGGGAACAGCUUUGGGCAGCACUUGAAGAAGAAAAGGUCACAAAAACUCUCCAACGUCGCAUUCAAAGCAUGUAUAACAGAGUCCAAAGGGUAGUGAGGAUAGCUGGAGAAUGUUCUAGGGAAUUUGAAAUGGAAAAAGGAGUGAAGUAG